AGCGUCGCGACGUCAGUAGAGCGCCGCGCUAUCGACCACCACCACGAGACCACCGUCGUUUUCGUCCUCGUCCUCGUAUUCGUAUUCGUAUUCUUAUUCCUUCGUCGAAAAACUACGAUCUUCAUCGUCUUCGAAGUUAUUUUCUAUCGUCGAAUAUACCUUAUCCCUUUUUCUAGUCAAUUAGAUUCGUAUAAGUAAACGGUAAACGUAUUUUUUUCCUCUCGUACGGUGGCGUAUUUUAAUUUUAUAUUUAAUUAACUUCAACCAUUUUGGUAUUUUUGUAAUCAUAAUCAUCCACGCACGGUUACGGUUACGGUUAAUUUAAUCGCAACCAAGUUAGAUCGGUUUUUACGUGGGGAGAAAAAAAAUCAAAAAAAGAGAGACACACAUUUGAUUAAUCGUUUUAACAAACAGAAAAAUAUUAUUUACGAUUUGGAAAUAUAAAAAAAAAGAAAACGGAAGAAAAUUAAUUAUUACUUUCUUGGUGGGUGGGAUUGAUCAUCUUGAUCGAGAUUAAUUCGCGAAUAAAAAGUGGCAGGAUCAAAAAGGAAAGUGGCAGGAUCGAAAGUGGAGUCGUUGUACGGUGGUGGAAGACGACGGUGCGAUAAAACAGGGAUCAAGAUUUCGAUCAACCUGUUCGAAAGGAAAAGGGUGCCACGAGGAUCCUGCGGCUACGCGCCGCUGCGUGCACGCGCCUCCUCCGUGGGCUCGCGCCUGAUCCUCAAGAGCACCGUCGUUGCUAGUAAUAAUAAUAAUAAUAAUAAUAAUAGCAGUAUUAUUAGUGAUAAUAAUAGUAAUAAUAACAGUUGUUAUAAUAGCAAUAGCAUUUGUAAUAGUAUCAGUAAUAGUAAUACUAGCAACGACAGCACCAAUACCAGUGGUAGUAAUAUCACCACCAUAACCAGAAACGAAAAAUCUGACGGGAAUUCGUAUAGCGCGAACGCGUUGCAUGCGUGCGUAAGUGGAUACUUGCUCGAGUGCCAGGAAUCCUCCUCUAACUACAGCCACGAGCCACCCCGUGUGAGACCCAAUGACUGUCCAUCCAGGGACCACGGGACACACAUGUUCGUUAUAAGGUUACCACAGCUUGCCGUUUUAGCGAAGAUUUUGUGCCUCCUGAUGGUGGUGAUGUGCGGGGCGGUACCUGCAAUGGUGCGCUCCGUGAGUCUCUACUCGACUUGCAGCAGCGGCAAUGUUACCGUAAUGGGCCGCUCGAUCAAGGCCGUGGGACGCAGCGAUGACAAUGCACCCUACCAGAAGCUCACGACACAAUCCGAGGACUUCAGUAGGAAGUUGUACAUCUUCGCGGAGAAAAGUCAGCGAUAUAUUUGCUUCAACAAACGGUGGAAACUCGUCGGCUUGCCGAAAAAACAGAAAGGUCCGAUGUGCCAGUUUUACGAGGUCUACAACGGUUCGUAUCUCAGGUAUAGGAGCGUGGCCGAUAGUACGCGAUACCUCGGUUUCAACAAGCUCGGCAAACCGAUGAAAAAUCCCCAUGGUAGACAGGAAUGUUUCAACUUCAUCAAAUACAAUCCUCACGCCGAUAUAAACCACCAUAACAGCCUGGUGAACGCGGAUAUGGGUGGUAUGGAACCGAGAGAACCUUACGUGCUAUCGAGGAAGCCUACACCGAUGAGGGCGACAAAAAACUCGCUGAUACAAGCCGACAGUAGUGGUGUCAGGCAGCAACAGCAUUACCAUCAGCAACAACAGCAACAACAACAGCAACAGCAGCAACAUUCUGCAGGGCACACGACGCAUCGUCAUCGGCAUUCGAAUCGUUGGAAGAUGCGAAAGGACGAAGAGGAAAAUUCGGCGAUGCAACGAAGACGACAGGAAAGUCGUCUCCUCGUCGAGGCCACGAAAUAUUGAGCCGAAAAAGGAAGCAUUGGCUCGCCGAUCAAGACUGCCUCUUUAAUCCACACACGCAACACACAUACGUAUAUACAUACAUGUAAUACACGCGAUAUAACACUAAGCGUAAACAAAAUACAUACAUAUAUACUACUUAUACACGAAUACACGCGUACACGAACACAAUUACACAACAACUGUAUACGCAGGCAACACACAGACACCGAAACUUCACCCCCCACCCCGUGAGUAACCUGAGAAUCUAUUGUAACCGAACACAGAAUACACACACACACACACACAAGCGCGCGCAUAAAUCAUCGUCGCUUUAAUUGGCGUCUUUUUUUUCGGAUGAUCAGUUCGGUAACGAAAUAAUCCUUCAGGGAAUUUGCCCCAUUCUCGCGGGAAAUACUGCGAAUUUCGAAAUGAUUAAUGCGAUCAACUUGCAUCUCGCGCGAAAUGUGAACGCGUCUCGAUUUUUUUUGUUUUUCCAAAAGGGGAAAAUGUAUCGGGAAGAUCGAAACGAAAUCUAGGCUAGAAGAGGAUAGAAGAUGGGGGGAAAGUGAAGAACGAAAAGAGGGAAGAAAAAAUUACGAAAUAGGACGAAAUUCAACGACUCCGAUCUCCAAAUUUUCGCGCGAUUCCGAAAAACUUCCUCUCUUGUCCCCCGACUGAACCUAUUUAGGACAAGUAGGAGUUUAAUUCGGAGACGAAAUACGCGAAAAAAGAAGAGUCGAUGGAUUAACGUCGCUUGCGUUUCGAAUCUUCGCGGGCAGUUCUCUUCAAGCGAACAAAUUGAAAAACAAACAAACAAACAAAAUAAUUAAAUAAUCGUAAAUGGUGAUCGUAGAGAUGAAUGCACGUGCGUUUGUUUCCCACCGAGGGUUUUCUCUUUCUCUCAUGCUCUUUCUCUUUCUUACUCUUUGAACGAACAGAUUAAUGAACGGUUCUAAAAAAAUAAAAACAUUUCUUCUCCUCCGCUGCACACGCACGCGGAGAAUUUCUCUCAAAUUCAUUUUGUAAUCUUAAAUAAACGUAAUUUUCAAGUAGACAACAUCGAAUUAAAUACGAUUGAUUCUUUCACUCUUAAUUGUAUCAGAGGAGGAGAAAGAGGAGGAGGAGGAGAAAAGAAGGAGAAUAAAAUUAAAAGAAAAAAAAACAUAAUAAAAAUCGAGAUUCGCGGUGUUCCUCAGGGAAGGGGUUGUCGCGCGCAAAUUCGCUGUGCUGCGUACACACACUGAGAACAAUAAAGAAAGAAAAUAAGAAAAAAUAUGCAGCCUGAUGCCGCCGUGCAAGGAAACUCACUCGCUCGCUGUGUGCUAAUUUAAUAGCUCGCCUAACGUAACGUAACGUAAUGUAACGUAAUGUAACGUAACGUAACGUAACGUAACGUAACGUAACGUACGUGCGUGCGUGCUCUGCCUGCCUGCCUGCAUGCAUGUCGUAUGAUAUGUGAAUGUUAAAUGUAUGGGUGUGCAUAAAUACGUGCGUGCGUGCAAGUAUGCGUGUGUGUGUGUGUGUAUAAGUAGUAGUUACGCGUGCGGUUAUGUACCGAUCCGAUCGAUCGAUCGCUCGCGCGCGAACUCAAAAGCUUCGAUGCACCCGACCGAGCAAUAAUAAUAAUAAUAAUAAUAAUAAUAUUAAUAAUAUUAAUAAUAAUAAUAAUAAU